ACGGACGUCUAGCCAGUGACGCGGUGACGUCAUUGUCGGUGUGCGGAAAGAGCGUUUGAGCGGAGCAGCAGACAAAACCAAAGUGUGGUGUUUGUAAUCGCGCGAUUCAUAACGAGACGGAAGACUUUUCUUUUGUUUUAACCUCAUUCGAGCUGCUCUCAUGGCGGUUUCUGCGGGCCAGACAGACCUCCAAAUGGACAGAGGAGCAAUGAGCGCUCCGUCCGAAAGCAGCAUCGAUAUCGACGAGGAAGAGUUGGAUAACAUCACAAAGAAGCACCGAGCAGGAGGAGAAGACAACUCAACGCUGCCUUUGCACUCACCUUGGACCUUUUGGUUGGACAGGUCCUUGCCAGGCACAACCGCAGCCGAAUGUGAAUCCAAUCUGAAGAAGAUUUACACAGUGGAAAGUAUUCAGCUCUUCUGGAGCGUGUACAAUAACAUCCCGCCGGUCACGGCGCUUCCUUUGAGAUGUAGCUAUCACCUGAUGCGGGGAGAACGGAGGCCGCUCUGGGAAGAGGAAAGCAAUGCAAAAGGAGGCGUCUGGAAGAUGAAAGUCCCGAAAGAAAGCACUUCUGCAGUGUGGAAAGAAUUGUUACUUGCUACUAUCGGGGAGCAGUUUGCAGACUACUGUGCCUCAGAUGACGAGGUUGUUGGCGUCAGUGUAAGUGUCAGAGAUCGGGAGGAUGUCGUACAAGUUUGGAAUAAAGAUGCCUCUUUGGCUAAUGAAGCAAGCAUCUUGGGAAAAAUCAACGAGCUUCUCCCGCAAACGGCUUUUAAAGCAGUUUUUUAUAAAUCUCACAUGGAACAUCACGCCUUUGAAGGAGGACGUUCAAGACAUUAGAGCGUGCACUUUUUUUUUUUGGUUUUGUUAUCUGAACUGUACCUGCCUUGACUAAAUGACACUGUCCACAAGAGAAUCAAGGGUAUUAUCAAUAUAUUUUUGUAACUAUUGAAUGACGGAUGCCUUGUUUUAUUUCAACCGUUGAAAGAAUGUCCGUGAGCAUUCAUCAGCAGUGACUGAUUUAUUGUGGUUUUGUCAUAUCACUGUCCCCCAGCUCAUCCAGUCGUCUCCUUGUGUAACGUUAGCUGCUGUUAUCUUCUACGUUCAACAGAUGUUCGCUUGAAUGAAAUCCCCUCAUGCAAUGUUUUAGUAUAACAAGAUCAUUAGUAUACCAAAGCAGUUUAGGAAGUUCAUCAGAAAUGAACGAAAAAAUGUUUGUCAAAUUUCCAGUUGCGGAAUGCAUACCUGUCAACUCGUACGGUUUGGCCAUAGUUUAUACGGAUUUUGUGGUGGAUAUUGCGUAUAUGGCCGUAUCGCACAAAUCAUACGGAUUCUGAAAAUUUCCCGGGUUUUUUUUUUUCACCAACUCCAAAUGAUUUUGAUUUGGUGAAAAAAAGUAGAAUGAUGAUUAGACAUUAAGCAGACAUUGUAUUAUGGAGAUUUACAAUAAAUAUCAUUGAAAAUUUUUUUCUGCCGUUAUUUUGACAUAUAAAAUGCGUUGGUAUGUUAUAAGGAUUUUUUGCUCCUUAUAAGGAUUUUUUGGGGUAGUUUAUACAGGUUGGCGCUCCGAAAAGUUGACAGGUAUGGGAAUUAAUGUUCCACUGAGUUGUAUGUGAAUUGUAAUAUGAGGGAAACACUUUCAUGAGAAUCAGUCCACUUUUACUUAUAAAGCCAUAUGCAGCAGUCAAAUAGAGAUUCCACAUGAAAAUGUCUCUUUGAAUGUUCCAACCGCAGCCCAUUUGGACAUUCUUUUAAUGCUAAUUGGCAAAAGUCCAAGCUCACCCUCACAUAUGGAGUCACGGGUCGUUUGAUAUUUUAAAGUGGACAGAAAUUGCACAUUUCCUUGGCCUUGAUUUGUAUUUGUUUCCAGUAUCAAUAAAUCUUACAACU